AUGGCUGGUGGCAAAAUUUUCCAACCCUCUGCGAAAAUUCGCCUGACCAAUGUGUCCGUGGUACGGCUGCGCAGGGACGGCAAGCGGUUCGAGGUCGCGUGCUACAAGAACAAGGUUUCCGAAUGGCGCACAAAUGUCGAGACAGACCUUGACGAGGUGCUGCAAAUCGACCAAGUGUUCACAAACGUGUCCAAGGGCUCGUUGGCCAGCAAAGAGGAUCUGAAACUAUGCUUCAACACAGAAAACCUCCACGAUAUAAUCAAAGAGAUCCUGAUGAAGGGCGAGCAGCAGAUUUCGGAAAAGGAGAGACAGCUCAGCCUGGACAACAUGCUGCGAGACAUUGCUACAGUGGUUGCCGAAAAGUGCGUGAACCCGAGCACGCAGCAGCCCUACACGGUGACGAUGAUUGAGAAGGUCAUGGUGGACAUUCAUUACUCGAUUAACCCGAACCGCAGUGCGAAGCAGCAGGCGCUUGAUGUUAUCAGGCAGAUCCAGGAGCAGAAUGUGGUGCCGAUUGCGAGGGCGCAGAUGCGCGUUCGCAUUGUCAUGCCCGCCAAGGACGCCAAGAGACUGAAGGACCAGAUCUUGGAGCUGAUUGCUAAGCUCGAGGACGAAGAGAAGGGUGAGGUGUACGAGCUCAUUUGCCUUAUUGAUCCGGGACAGUACCGCGCCAUCACCGAGCUGAUUGGCAGCGAGGUGAAGGGUGCCGGCGAGGUUGUCAUUCUGAACCUGAGCGACGUCAACGAAGAGGACAACACAUUUAUGUAG